CUGUCCCGGCUUCCUCCCGUCAGAUGCGUGGAGGCAAGCCAGGUGACAGAGCUGUUGCAGACGCUGAUUACUGUGAGCCAGAGCCAUAGUGUUGUUGUGCACUGACCAGAACGGAAUUGGCCAGGUGAACCUUUUUUGGGUAUGAAAAAGGAUGGCGAGCCAAUGAACGGCAGGACUCAUUCUGCAUUGAAGCUUCCACUGGUUGGGUAGGAAGCUAUCAAAGACAACGCUCUGUCCCCAUUUUCCAAACACACUGAUUCCCACAAUCAUACACACCAUUCCUCCCGUUUAUGGACAAUAGCGCUUGGACAUCUCUCAUGGACAUUCAGAUAAAACUCAUGGACUUCAGUGUGGAUCAGUGGUUUUGAUGUUAACAUGUGUUAAUUAUGAGGAACUGGUUUUUUUUUUUUGAGAAUCUAUAUUGCUUGGUACAAGCCAUAAACCAGAAGGAUUUGCUUAGUUGUCUUUGUGCACCCCCACCGGGUUUUGAUUAAUCGAAUAGCUGCAGCAGGAGUGAUUAUUUGAGUUUCUUUUCUUUUCUUGUUAUUUUUCUUUGGGGUUUGGUUAAAUACAUGGUACCUGCAAAAACAUUUUGUGUUGUGUGUAUUUAUUAAUUACUGCCCAUCAGCUCCAGUAGCAUUCCUAAAUCUUCUGAUUAACCUAAUAUUUCACUCAAUUCCUAGCCUCUAUUAAUUCAUUAGCGCUUCAUCAGUGUUACAUUUCUUGGCGAGCCAGCCAGGAGCUGAUUUGGUUAGUAAUUAAUAUAUAUUCAAACUCACCAAUUUAUUUUUUCCCCAUAAUGGAAGUUUUUGAGACGCUUGCCAUUAAGAUCCCAAAUGCAGUUGACGGAGUAACUGAGCACUCGGUUGAUGAAGUUAUACAUUUCCUCGAACAGUAUGGUGACACAGGCCGCAAGGUUACUAUAGAGUCACCAGAAUCUGAAUUUAAUAACAUGCUUGUCGCUGAGUACGCUUCAGGUUUAUCUUUAAUGCGUUUGUCUCAGUUGUUACCGCACACAUCUAUUUCAGAUUCAGGUGACAAACUCCAUAUUGAAAGUCUAUCUGAAAUUUAUGCAUCAAAAGUUAGUGGUUCCAAGACAAAUACUUACUUGGCAGACUUAAAAAGAAUAGCCAAAUUAUCUGGGAGGAAUUAUGCAGAAGUCCUCAGUGAGGGGAUGACCCAGAUAUGCCGGUCCCUUGCAGAGCUCAACCCAGAGACUCCAGUGGUUGCGAAACCAGAACCAGAAGAUUCAACACCUCCCGAUUCAGUCUUUCCUCCUUCACUACCAGCCUCUCUUCCAUCUAAGUCCCCUUCUGCUGCCAGUGGUGCUGAAGCACAAGGUGGAGAGAGGCAUUCUGCCUCCAUUCCAGCGGCUGAUCUCAACCUUCCUGAAGUACAGCGCUGUUGUGGAACACGUUGUUCGGAGUGGGGACAGCUCGCUGCAUGCAUUCCAUCGACUGAGAGCAUUUUCUGGUAAAGUGCCCAGGCCAAUUCAAGAGACGGAUUAUGAUACAUGGCGGUCAGGUGUUGAAAUAGCCCUGAAAGAUCCAUCUAUAUCUGAUCUGCAGCGCACCAGACUGAUUCGUGACAGUCUACUGCCUCCUGCCUGUAAUAUGGUAAAACAUCUCAGCCUUGACACACCACCAGAAGUCUAUAUGAAACAACUUGACUCAGCCUAUGGCACUGUGCAAGAUGGGGAAGAGUUAUAUGCCAAGUUCAUGGACACCUUCCAGGACAGUGGAGAAAAGCCUUCGGCCUAUUUGCAACGUCUGCAGGUGGCAUUACAGCAUGCAGCAAAAAGAGGAGGUGUUUUAGAGAAAGACAUGGACAACCGACUGUUGACUCAAUUCUGCAGGGGAUGUUGGGAUAACAAUUUAAUAUCGGAACUCCAACUUAAACAAAAGAAACACAACCCCCCCAAAUUUACUGAACUUUUAUUACUCCUUCGAACUGAAGAGGACAGAGAGGCAGCAAAGACAUUAAGGAUGAAACAGCAUUUGGGAACGACAAAACAGAAAGCCACCACUAAUGCCCAGUUUGCCAAUACUGGGGAAGAAACUAACCUCUGUACUGCGCUAACCACUCUGACUAAACAGCUCUCACAACAGAUGGCAGCUAUACAACAGCAGCUUGCAGCUUUGACAGCACAGCAGUGUAAUGCCAAACCACCGGUUGCUGCCUGCCCAGCUCCAAAGCCCUAUGGGCCGAAGAAGGUUGGUAAGACUCCAAAACCUAGCGUCUCCAGCCCUAAACCAGGGUUUUGCUUCCGCUGUGGAGAAGAUGGUCACAUUAAGCCACAAAGUGAAAAUGCACCCAAUUUGGCAUUGGUAAGCGCUAAGCGAAAACAAUUUGACAACAAACAAAAGUGGCAGAAGCAAAAGACCUCUGCUUCUGAGGAUUUAAACUAGUUCCAGUUCCUGUUGAGGGACAAACAGGAGCUGAGCUGGACCAACCUUGUCCCGCUAAGAACAAAGAGCAUGUCAAGUGUGCAAAAUUGCAGACAAAGACAAAGAUCCACACUAGAUUACCGCCAGGAUUAGUUGGAUCCAGAUGUACAGCAGAAGUCAACAUUGCAGGUUGCAACUGUCCGUGUCUACUGGAUACUGGUUCCCAGGUUACCACAAUUUCAGUUUCAUUUUAUAAUGAGCAUCUCUCCGAUCAGCCAGUCCACCCAUUGAAUGAGCUUCUUCAUGUGGAGGGGGCUGCUGGUCAGUGUGUUCCAUACCUUGGGUAUGUUGAAGUUGCCAUGACAUUUCCAAAAGACUUUCUUGGGAGUGACUUCCCAGUUCAAACACUUGCACUUGUUGUUCCUGAUGUGAGACCUGAUUUUCCAACCUCAGUACUUAUUGGCAUGAAUACACUUGAAAUUCUUUAUGAACAAUUCUCUUCUAGUAACUGUUCAUCAUUCCAGCCUACCUCUUACGGGUACAGAGCAGUUCUGCAAACUCUCCAAGUGACGUACCAACAGAAUUGUAAUGAUCAUCUUGGUGUUGUGACCACCCUUAGUAAAUCUCCUGUGCUAAUUCCAGCUGGCUGCACAGGUGUGGUCGAGGGUUCUGCCAAGCUUCUCAGCCCAGCUAGUCAAUGUGUUGUCAUUCAGCACCCGGGUUCAGGCCUGCCGGGUGGUUUGUGUGUCAGUAAUUGUCUAGUCGCUCUUAAAGCUGGUACACAUAUUCAGGUUCCAGUUGUUGUAUCCAAUGGAACAGAGCAAGACAUCUACAUACCAGCUUUGAGUGUCAUUGCAGAGCUGGGAGCCUAUGACUGCAUAGUCUCUGAGCACAGUGUGACCAACCUCCCAGAUCAGGAGAUGCUGUCAACACCACUCACUUUCAAUUUUGGUGAGUCACCAAUACCAGCAGAAUGGAAAGAACCAAUCACAACAAAACUGAAUGCCAUGUCUGAAGUUUUUUCACAUCAUGACUUGGAUUUUGGUUGCACUAAAGAAGUGAAGCACCACAUCAAGCUCCAUGACAAUACCCCUUUUAAACACAAAGCAAGACCUAUUCAUCCCCAGGACAUAGAAGCUGUUCGUAAACAUCUUCGAGAGCUUCUAGAUGCUGGUGUUAUCAGGGAGUCGGAGUCAUCAACAACAGCUGGUGUGAUUAUGCGAACGUGCACCCGGUCAAAUCUUUCUGCUCACCGGACCUGGAGUACCUGAUGGUUAAGUGCCGGCCAUUCUGGCUACCGAGGGAAUUCACAGCAGUGAUUAUUACGGCUGUUUACAUUCCCCCACAAGCCGACACUGACCGAGCACUCAGGGAACUGUACAGCGCGAUCAGCAGUGAGGAAACCGCACACCCAGAGGCGGCGUUUAUCACGACCGGGGACUUUAAUAAAGGUAACCUGAAGAAAGUUUCACCAAAACUCCACCAACACAUCCAUUUCAACACUCGUGGAGACCGGCUUCUUGACCACUGCUACACCUCUUUCCGGGAUGCGUACAAAGCCCUCCCCCGCGCACCAUUCGGCCAAUCAGAUCACCGCUCCAUCCUGCUCCUGCCCGCCUACAGGCAGAAGCUGAAACAGGAAGCUCCAACCCUGAGGGCGGUGCAUCGUUGGUCGGACCAAUCGGAGUCUAUGCUGCGGGACUGUUUUGAUCACGCGGACUGGGAAAUGUUUCACGUGGCUGCUAAUGACAUUGAUGAGUACACAGACUCAGUCUGCGGAUUUAUCAGAAAAUGCGUGGAAGAUGUCGUCCCAUCCAGAACAGUUAAAUCCUUCCCAAAUCAAAAACCCUGGAUUAACGGAGAUGUUCGCACGGCGCUGGCGGCACGGAGCACCGCUUUUGCCUCCGCGAACACAUCGGACUACAAACACGCACAUUACCAACUCCGGAAGACGAUCAAAGCAGCCAAACGUGAGUACAGGGACAGGGUGGAGCAACAGUUUGACAACCCUCGGAGUAUGUGGCAGGGACUAAACACAAUCACAGACUUUAGAGGGAAAACCAGCACACCGCAGACCACGGCCUCUCUGUGUGAGGAUCUGAACGUAUUCUACGCUAGAUUCGACACAGCGAACACCAUGAGACCGGACAGUGCGCGCACCGAGGAUGACGUCAGUGCGCACACUGUGUCUGAGGAGGAUGUGCGGAAGUGCUUCAGGAGGGUGAACGCAGGCAAAGCUACUGGUCCGGACGGGAUUCCCGGCCGCGUCCUCAAGUCAUGCGCGGCUCAGCUGGCUGGAGUGUUUACACACAUCUUCAACCUUUCCCUCUCUCUGUCUGUAGUCCCAGCCUGCUUCAAAAUGGCCACCAUCGUCCCUGUACCCAAAUCCUCCACCAUCUCCUCAUUGAACGACUGGCGACCUGUAGCCCUGACCCCCCCAUCGUGAGCAAAUGCUUCGAGAAGCUGGUCAGGGACUUCAUCUGCUCUGCACAGUUCGCAUACCGCCACAACAGGUCCACUGAUGAUGCCAUAGCCCUGACACUCCAUGCUGCCCUGUCACACCUGGAGAAGAGAGACACGUAU